UGUAGCUCUGAGUCGGUCAGCGAUGCCCUUCGGCCUGAUGCGUAGAGAGCUGGCGUGCGAGGGAUACCCCAUCGAGCUGCGCUGCCCUGGCAGUGAUGUCAUCAUGAUUGAGACGGCCAACUACGGCCGCACGGACGACAAGAUCUGUGACGCUGACCCCUUCCAAAUGGAGAACGUGCAGUGUUACCUGCCUGACGCCUUCAAGAUCAUGUCACAGAGAUGUAAUAACCGUACCCAGUGUGUGGUGGUGGCAGGGUCCGAUGUGUUCCCAGACCCCUGCCCAGGGACCUACAAGUACCUGGAGAUACAGUACGAGUGUGUCCCCUACAAAGUGGAUCAAAAAGUCUUUGUGUGUCCGGGCACACUGCUGCGUGUACAGGCGGCCAGCUCGCUGCAGGAGGCGGAGCAUCAGUCAGGGGCGUGGUGUAAGGACCCCCUGCAGUCAGGUGACCGGCUCUAUGUCAUGCCUUGGACUCCCUACCGCACCGACAUGCUGUAUGAGUACGCCUCCUGGGAGGACUUCAGACAGAACCGCGCCACCACCACCUACAAGUUGCCGAACCGUGUUGAUGGCACAGGCUUCGUGGUAUACGACGGCGCCGUGUUCUACAAUAAGGAGCGCACACGCAACAUGGUCAAGUAUGACCUGCGCACACGCAUCAAGAGCGGCGAGGCCAUUAUCGCCAACGCCAACUACCAUGACACAUCGCCCUACCGCUGGGGUGGGAAGAGCGAUAUCGACCUGGCAGUGGACGAGAACGGGCUGUGGGUCAUCUACGCCACAGAGUCCAACAACGGACGACUGGUGGUCAGCCAGGUGAACCCGUACACCCUGCGCUUCGAGGGCACCUGGGAGACCAGCUUCGAUAAGAGGCUGGCGUCCAACGCCUUCAUGGCGUGCGGCGUGCUCUACGCUGUGCGCAGUGUCUAUCAGGACGACGACAGCGAGGCCGGUGGGGAUCUGAUCCUUUACGCCUACAACACAAACCGUGCCCGGGAGGAGCCCGUCCAUAUCCCCUUCCCUAACCCCUACCAGUACGUCUCCUCUGUGGACUAUAACCCCAGAGACAACCAGCUCUACAUCUGGAACAACUAUAAUGUUCUGAGAUACCCGCUGGAGUUCGGACCACCGGACCCCACCACUGGCCCUCUGACGACCACUCAGGUGACCAGCACCACUCCAGCCCGACCUUUCACCUCCAGUUCUAGCCCUGCUACCACCCGCCCCCUGGCCCCCACCUCUCACCCCAUUGGUGCUAUCAACAAGGGCCCUGACCUGCGGCCAAUCACAGCCACCGUACCAGUCACCAGGCGGCCUCCCCGCCCACCCGUCCAGGGCCCGGAGCCCCAGGUGUGUGAGUCCAGAGUGGCCAGAGGGGUGCAGUGGCCCUCCACCCAGAGAGGAGAGACUGUGGACCGUCCCUGUCCUAAAGGAUCACUAGGCAUCGCCUCGUUCCAGUGCUUGGCGGCUCCGGUCAUGUGGAACCCUCGGGGCCCUGACCUCAGUAACUGCACCUCUCCCUGGGUCAACCAGGUAGCCCAGAAGAUAAAGAGUGGUGAGAAUGCUGCCAACAUAGCUGGGGAGUUGGUGAACCACACACGGGGGCGGAUCCACGCUGGUGAUGUCAGCUCGUCAGUGCGUCUGAUGGAACAGCUGCUGGACAUACUGGAUGCCCAGCUUCAGGCCCUGCGGCCCGGCAACAAGGAGUCAGCUGCACGCAACUACAACAAGCUCCAGAAGAGAGAGAGGACCUGUCGGGCUUACAUCCAGGCGGUAGUGCAGACAGUGGACAACCUGCUGCGUACAGAGGCUCUGGAGUCGUGGCAGGACAUGAACACUACGGAGCAGGCCCACACCGCCACCAUGCUAUUGGACGUCCUGGAGAAAGGAGCCUUCCUAUUGGCCAACAACAUGUACGGCAACCGCUUCACCGACCGGGCCCCCAAUAUCGAUCUGGAGGUGCACGUGUUGAACACAGAGAUGGACCUUCAGGACCUGUCCUUUCCUCAGAACUACGUGAGCGACAGCACCAUCCAGCUCUCCGCCUCCACCAUCAAACAGUACAGCCGCAAUGGCCAAGUCAAGGUAGUGUUUGUUCUGUAUAAGAACUUGGGCUCCUUCCUGUCUACGGAGAACGCCACGGUGAAGAUGGAGCUGGAGGCGGCACCAGGGGAGCGGGGAUUGGCGGUCAACUCCCACGUCAUCGCCGCCUCCAUCAAUAAAGAGUCCAGCAGAGUGUUCCUCACUGAGCCGGUGGUGUUCACACUCAAACACUUACAGUUGGAGAACCACUACAGUCCCAACUGUUCAUUCUGGAAUUACUCUGAGCGGUCGAUGACAGGCCAGUGGUCGUCUCAGGGCUGUAGACUGCUGGACACCAACAACACACACACCACCUGCUCCUGUUCCCACCUCACCAACUUUGCUGUGCUCAUGGCCCACCACCAGCCUGAUUACCCUGGGAGGAUGCACGAGUUGAUCCUGUUUGUGAUCACCUGGGUGGGCAUAGUGAUCAGCUUGGUGUGCCUGGCUAUCUGCAUCUCUACCUUUUGCUUCCUGAGGGGACUGCAGACCGACCGCAACACCAUCCACAAGAACCUCUGCAUCAACCUCUUCAUCGCAGAGCUCCUCUUCCUUAUCGGCAUCGACAAGACCCAGUACCACAUUGCCUGUCCGAUCUUUGCUGGGCUGCUUCACUUCUUCUUCCUGGCUGCAUUCUCCUGGAUGUGUCUGGAGGGGGUGCAGCUCUAUCUGUUGCUGGUGGAGGUGUUUGAGAGCGAGUACUCCCGCAAGAAGUACUACUACCUGUGUGGCUACUGCUUCCCAGCUCUGGUGGUGGGCAUCUCGGCAGCCAUAGACUACCGGAGCUAUGGGACCAAGAAAGCGUGCUGGUUGCGGGUGGAUAACUACUUCAUCUGGAGCUUCAUUGGCCCUGUUUCUUUUGUUAUUAUGCUGAACCUGGUGUUCCUCAUGAUCACCGUGCACAAGAUGACCCGCAACUCCUCUGCCCUAAAACCUGACUCCAGUCGCCUCGACAACAUCAAGUCAUGGGCUAUUGGGGCCAUCGCCCUGCUCUUCCUGCUAGGUCUGACCUGGUCCUUCGGCCUCCUCUUCAUCAAUGAGAACACGGUCAUCAUGGCCUACCUCUUCACCACCUUCAACGCCUUCCAGGGCAUGUUCAUCUUCAUCUUCCACUGCGCUCUGCAGAAAAAGGUGCAUAAGGAGUACAGUAAGUGUCUGCGUCACUCGUACUGCUGCAGCCGUACCUCCACCACCAGCUCCCACGGCUCCCUGAAGAACUCUGCCCUGCGUGCCAACAACCGCUACUACACUGGCAACCAGGCCCGCCACGCUGCCGCACACAGACAGAGUCGGAUCCGCAGGAUGUGGAACGACACGGUUCGGAAGCAGACGGAAUCUUCCUUCAUGGCAGGAGACAUCAACAGUACUCCUUCACUCAACCGUGCCACCAUGGGAAACCACCUCCUGACCAACCCAGUGUUACAGACCCGUACUGGCACCUCUCCCUACAACACCCUACUGGCUGAGAGCUUCACUCCCCCUUCUCCUGGGGUCUUCAACUCAACCGGAACCUUCCGUGACCCAAAGAACAUUCUGUGUAAGGCCCGUGAACCAUGUGGUAUGGACACCCUGCCCCUCAAUGGUAACUUCAACAACAGCUACUCCCUCCGCAGCGUGGGGCCGGUGGGCGGUGGCGGCGGCAGCUGUGACUUCCUGGGCGGGGGCAUGGGGUGUGCAGACACCCCCCCUCCCCUCCUCAACCCCCGCGGGUCUGAAACCCUUGGCGGGGACGGAAUACGGCGCAACCUGUCUGACGCAGCUGCCUUCGAGAAGAUGAUCAUCUCUGAGCUGGUGCACAACAACCUGCGUGGGGCAGGAGCUGGGGGCGGGGAUAGGGUCUGUGGUAGUCUGGCGAGGGGCCCUCACGGCGGAGUAGGCCGAGGCACGGGAGUAGCUGUGCCAGAGCCGAGCAUCAGCCUGGACGACGACGAGGACUUCCUGUCCAGAGAAGGCGGGCGCCAGAGGACGCCGCAGGACGUGGAGCUGCUCUACAAAGCCCUGGAGGAGCCGCUGCUGUUGCAGAGAGCCCAGUCUGUCCUUUACCAGUCUGACCCCGAGGAGUCAGAGAGCUACACGGCCGACCUCACAGAGAGCCUGGGCCACAGCGGCCACAGUGGGCACAGCGCCGGAGGCCAGGGGUCUGGGGGACAGGGCCCUGACUCUCCCGCCAGGGACUCCCUGUACACCAGCAUCACCAACCUGCGAGACUCGCCCUACCCGGACAGUAGCCCCGAGCCCCUGGAGGUGGUGCCCCGCUCGGCCCAGCCCCCUGAGGAGCUCUAUUACAGCUCUGGGAGGCCUGCCCUGGGGUCUCGAGGAGCACCCAUGCAGACCUUCUACCAGGCCCCGCCCCCCAGGAGGCCCAGUAGGGAGGGGGAGGGGCACCCCGGCCAGGAGCCCACCCACAGCGAGGGAGACGGACAGAUGCAGCUGGUCACCAGCCUGUGACUGGAACCGGGAGGAUGCGGACGGGGACCAAGAUGAUGAGGAUGAGAAUGAAGGCUGGCUGGUUGCCUCCUCAGAACCCGCCUCUCUCUCUUUCUCUCGCUCCUCUCCACUUCCUGCUUGAUUGGUUGCCUUUUUUUCCCUCUUUAUUUGUAUUGAAAGAUGAGCGAGCAAAUGUACAUUUAAGGAGAGUUUUAGCUGUCUCCACGGCAACAGAGAACCUCCGCUGUCUGGUGGAGUGAUGGCUGAGUUGUUCUUCUCUGGAACAUUCACCUGCUCUCUCCUUCUCUCUCUUCAACAUCCCCCUUUCUCUUGGCACGCAGCAGACAGAUGCCAAGUCCAGCACUCUGAAUGUACCAAUCCAACAAACCCCUUAUACCUUACUCCUACAGAGCUACAGAUAUUUCUCAACUUAACUUUGUUCAAAGUCCAUUUUAUUUAAUUUCACUGAAUUUCUACAAACAUUCCUCUAGAGAAAUUGGUCUCAUUUUCUAGUUCCCUUUUCUCUUUCCCUUUUUCAUGUUCCAUCUCUCUUUUUGUUCACUCAUCAUUUGCUCGGCGUAGUUAGCUGUGGAGACAGGGGAUAUACUGUAGUAGCCUAUUAUACCAUAGGAAAAAAAUCUCUGAAAGCUACUUCAGUCUUGCCAAAAAUACAUUUUCCCAGCCAGAACAGAAACUGGAGCAUUCUCACACACACAGACAUACACACACACGCUCACUCACUCACAGAAGUGCUUGUUUCUGAACAUCAGACGCAACCCUCCAUCUGAGUAAAAAGAAGCCAGAACAAUUGUUCAGACAAAGGCAGUUGGAGCUGUCUAAGAGUAGUUGCCUUUAUUUUAUCUUGCUAUGAACUGACUCUUAUGUACAGAACUAGAGGAGAGACUGAGGAAGUAGGAAGUACACCACAGGACAGGAAGGCUGUUUGAGGGGUCAAGGGUCAGGGGUCAAGAGGUAGAUCUUUAGGACUCGAGGAACGGACAAGGAUUUUUUUUUAAAUUUGGGCUUUUUUGUUAUUUUCUUCAGACAUUUGAAAAGUAAAAGACUGCUUUACUAACUUUGAAGAAGAAUAUGUUAUCUUGGUGACUUUCUGUUGCAUCACCCGGAGGGUUAUUAAGGGACAGAUUGUGCUCCCUUUAAGAAUGGAUGCCCUCUUCAAUGGAUGUGUCCACGUCACCUAUGUGUGGUUGUGACAGAAUGGACUCUAAAUGUUGGAACCACUUCAGCUGUUACGCAAGUCUAACCCUGUACAUAUGAACCACACAAACUACAGUACUUACUCUACUCCUACCGUGUAAAUACAGAAACCAGAUGAAGAAAAGCAACAAAAAAGUAAGAAAUACUAAAAACGGACUUCUUGUACUGCAACAAAACAACAAAAGAAAAAAAGAAAAUGUUUUGGAGUUUGUGACCUGAAUGAUGCACUCCAUCUCUCUGCCCGUCUUUAUCUUGCUCUCUCACUGUCGUUCUCUUGAGUCAUAACUAGUGCUGUGCCAUUCAGUGAAAAUCUCUCGAACAGAAAAACAGAGAGAGAGAAAGAGUAUGAUGGGUGGUAGAUUUUGCAUACAAAUAAAAAUGUUUUAAAAAGAGUCCUGGCACAAUUUUAUGUAAUAUAAUCCAUUACAUGUUGUUAAUGUUUGACCUUUGACAUUCCCAGACAGGAAGUGCUGUGUGGGAGGGGGGAGGGGGGAUAGAUGUCAUAAUAACAUGUCAUACUGUGCCUCAUCACGGGCGUUCCAAUGCAUUGUGGUACAAGGGCAGCAGCCAUAAUGUGAUUUUGGUCAGUAAUGUAUUGUUUGAAAGGUUAUAUCCUAGAUACAACUAAAUGAUAUAAUUUUAAUAUGAUGAGUUUUAGCAUGUCAGAUAACAUUUGUUUUCUAUCAAACGUCUUUCAUUUUGCUGUUUCUAACAGAUAGUUUCAGCAUUAUUCCAGAGCCUAAUGUGACAGUGUGUGUGCGUGCGUGUGUGUGUGUGUGUGUGUGUGUGUGUGUGUGUGUGUGUGUGUGUGUGUGUGUGUGUGUGUGUGUGUGUGUGUGUGUGUGUGUGUGUGUGUGUGUGUGUGUGUGUGUGUGUGUGUGUGUGUGUGUGUGUGUGUGAGAGAGAGCGUGUGUGCGAGUUUGUGUGUAUGCGUACAUGUGGAGGAGAGUGUGUGUGUACAUGUGGGUGUGUGAUAUGCUCAAGCAUAUGUACCAUAUUCGUGGGAAUUUUGUAAGUGUGUACAUUCAAAAAGCUAUUUUUGUUGGGUGAAUUGAAUGCACAUCAGAGGAAGGGGACAGUAAUUCUAUAUCUAGGAGAAAGCCUUUUAUUCUAUUAGCUUCCAUCUCAAAGACUAGGGUAGCCAGCUGCUUCUGUGUGGCUGUUCCUGAGGUUCAGGUACCAACGUAAAACUGGGACACUUCAGGCUGCCUCACAGGAUCUUGAGCAAUGAACAAUGACAGGGUUUGUCUGAAAUGGCACACCAUUUCAUAUGUAGUGCAGUUCUGACCAGGGCAUGCCUAUGUAGUGAACUACUAUUGACCAGAGCCCUAUGUAGUGAACUACUAUUGACCAGAGCCCUAUGCGAACAAAGACAGAACUUGGAUCAAAGAAGCAUGCUGUGUUCAAAAUGAAACCAUAGUGCACAACUUUUCACCAGGGCAAAAGUUGUCCACUAUGUAGGGAAUAGGGUGCCAUUUCAGACACAGACAGUCCAGUCAGAAUGACAGGCAGAGUUGACCGUUGGGACCAUCCAGUCAGAAUGACAGGCAGACUUGACCGUUGGGACCAUCCAGUCAGAAUGACAGGCAGAGUUGACCGUUGGGACCAUCCAGUCAGAAUGACAGGCAGACUUGACCGUUGGGACCAUCCAGUCAGAAUGACAGGCAGAGUUGACCGUUGGGACCAUCCAGUCAGAAUGACAGGCAGACUUGACCGUUGGGACCAUCCAGUCAGAAUGACAGGCAGAGUUGACUGAUGGGACCAUCCAGUCAGAAUGACAGGCAGAGUUGACCAAUGAGACCAUCCAGUCAGAAUGACAGGCAGUUGACUGAUGGGACCAUCCAGUCAGAAUGACAGGCAGACUUGACCGUUGGGACCAUCCAGUCAGAAUGACAGGCAGACUUGACCGUUGGGACCAUCCAGUCAGAAUGACAGGCAGACUUGACCGUUGGGACCAUCCAGUCAGAAUGACAGGCAGACUUGACCGAUGGGACCAUCCAGUCAGAAUGACAGGCAGAGUUGACCAAUGAGACCAUCCAGUCAGAAUGACAGGCAGUUGACUGAUGGGACCAUCCAGUCAGAAUGACAGGCAGAGUUGACCGAUGGGACCAGAAUGUCAGAAUGACAGGCAGAGUUGACCAAUGAGACCAUCCAGUCAGAAUGACAGGCAGAGUUGACCAAUAGGACCAUCCAGUCAGAAUGACAGGCAGACUUGACCAAUGGGACCAUCCAGUCAGAAUGACAGGCAGUUGACUGAUGGGACCAUCCAGUCAGAAUGACAGGCAGAGUUGACCAAUGGGACCAUCCAGUCAGAAUGACAGGCAGUUGACUGAUGGGACCAUCCAGUCAGAAUGUCAGGCAGAGUUGACCAAUGGGUCCAGAAUGUCAGAAUGACAGGCAGAGUUGACCAAUGAGACCAUCCAGUCAGAAUGACAGGCAGAGUUGACCAAUGAGACCAUCCAGUCAGAAUGACAGGCAGAGUUGACCAAUGGGACCAUCCAGUCAGAAUGACAGGCAGAGUUGACCAAUGGGACCAUCCAGUCAGAAUGACAGGCAGUUGACUGAUGGGACCAUCCAGUCAGAAUGACAGGCAGAGUUGACCAAUGAGACCAUCCAGUCAGAAUGACAGGCAGACUUGACCGUUGGGACCAUCCAGUCAGAAUGACAGGCAGUUGACUGAUGGGACCAUCCAGUCAGAAUGACAGGCAGACUUGACCAAUGGGACCAUCCAGUCAGAAUGACAGGCAGAGUUGACCAAUGGGACCAUCCAGUCAGAAUGACAGGCAGUUGACUGAUGGGACCAGAAUGUCAGAAUGACAGGCAGAGUUGACCAAUGAGACCAUCCAGUCAGAAUGUCAGAAUGACAGGCAGUUGACUGAUGGGACCAGAAUGUCAGAAUGACAGGCAGUUGACUGAUGGGACCAGAAUGUCAGAAUGACAGGCAGAGUUGACCAAUGGGACCAUCCAGUCAGAAUGACAGGCAGUUGACCGAUGGGACCAGAAUGUCAGAAUGACAGGCAUAGUUGACCAAUGAGACCAUCCAGUCAGAAUGACAGGCAGUUGACUGAUGGGACCCGAAUGUCAGAAUGACAGGCAGUUGACUGAUGGGACCUGAAUGUCAGAAUGACAGGCAGUUGACUGAUGGGACAAGAAUGUCAGAAUGACAGGCAGAGUUGACCAAUGAGACCAUCCAGUCAGAAUGACAGGCAGUUGACCAAUGGGACCAUCCAGUCAGAAUGACAGGCAGUUGACCGAUGGGACCAGAAUGUCAGAAUGACAGGCAGAGUUGACAAAUGAGACCAUCCAGUCAGAAUGACAGGCAGAGUUGACCAAUGAGACCAUCCAGUCAGAAUGACAGGCAGUUGACCAAUGAGACCAUCCAGUCAGAAUGACAGGCAGAGUUGACCAAUGAGACCAUCCAGUCAGAAUGACAGGCAGUUGACCAAUGAGACCAUCCAGUCAGAAUGACAGGCAGUUGACCAAUGGGACCAUCCAAUCAGAAUGACAGGCAGAGUUGACCAAUGAGACCAUCCAGUCAGAAUGACAGGCAGUUGACCAAUGAGACCAUCCAGUCAGAAUGACAGGCAGUUGACCAAUGAGACCAUCCAGUCAGAAUGACAGGCAGAGUUGACCAAUGGGACCAUCCUGUCAGAAUGACAGGCAGUUGACCAAUGGGACCAUCCAAUCAGAAUGUAGCAUUGCCGUAUUAAAGCGUUUCCAGAGAGAAACCAUCCAUCAAACCAGAGAUGUAUUCAUGAGGUUCCUUCCCCCUAAAGUCUGUCCAAACCUUAAAAAGCUGAGAGUUUUGCCAUUCUCUUUAUUUCUGUAUGUUUCUAAUGCUUUAUUUAUCUCUAUAUUUAUUUAUGUAUUUGGAAUAUUUAUUUCUAUGUUCAUUUAUUCAUGCUUUAUUUUAUUUUUUGAAGAUCUCUGUACAUAGCUGAGCUGUGCGAUAUGAAUGCUGAAGUAAGCCCUUUUAAAUGUGCAGUACAUUUAGGCAAGUAGAUGGAUUCUCCAGCGUCCACUUCAGGGUGACAUUUGGUUAGGGCCUGGGUGUCCCACUUCUUCAUAAAGAGUCCUAAAGGGCACAUUGAGUUUAGUUGGGGCUCUUGGGGGAGAAAGAGAAGGAUUGAAAGCCGGGAUAGAAUUAAGAAUAUAUUUGGUUUUUCCUCCAUUUUUUCUUGGUAGAAGAAUCUCUCUUAGUUCAGACUCAGAUAGGAGGCCCAGGUGUUCUACAGGAGGCAUGUGUGCAAUACUGUGCUGGUGUGUCUGACUUGGUUUAACAUUGGAAACGGCCUGGUUGGGUAGUGUUACUAUAUGCCUACCACUGGACCGCUGUGUAUGUCUGUGUUUACAGAAGGAUCUGAUAAUUAUGCACAUUUUUGUUUGCUUGUUACUGGAAAUAUUAAUUAAACAUUGGCCUCGCAGCUCAUAGUUAAUUCAAUAGGAGCAUUGACCGGUCAGCAAUGGACAAUUGAAUGUAUGUUGACUAGAAGGAAUAAAGAAAGUGAAUUAAUGGCCUACACUGACCGCCAUCAUUAUCAUCACAUCACCACCUACACCUUUAUUGAUGUGAUCUUCAAAGUUUAUCUUUAGCUGGUAACCUCACAGGGACAGACACCGUGUAUGGACAGACUCACCAGGAGGGGAAGAACCUACAUCACCAUCUCCUGUGUAGGCUCUCUCUCUCUCUCUCUCUCUCUCUCUCUUUCUUCCCUCACCUCUCUCACUCCAUUACAUCUGAAUCCACCAGUGGGCUCCCUUUUAGCCCAGCAUUAAUCCCAGAGUUUUGUUUGGAGUUAAUUUGCUUGUCUUAAGCUUUGUUUACAGCAGAUUGAUAUCUCAAUAAACAGUGGAGCCGUACUGUAUUGUGGUAAUGCUAGUGAUUAUACAGCAGAAAGCACUGUAGGACCCAGAGACCUGCUCAAUGGGAGUUUCACCCCCAUCUAAAUCCCUAUGUUACCUCUGAUUAGGAUAAUAACACUGGCUAAUCAUUUACUGUGCUGAGACCACAGAGGGAGAGACCUCUCUCUCUCUCUCUCUCUCUCACUUCCAUCCCACUACUCCCUGCCCGUGCAUCUAGCCUCUACCUCCAUUUGUGCAGGCAGGUGGAUUGAAGGUUCUUAUAGGAUAGAGUUGGAGUCAGUCUGUCCCUUCAGUCUGCGGCCCCUGCAGCUCUACCCCAGUAGAACAGUCAUCUCUCAGUGUUCCAAUAGACAGCGGAGGACACUGUGAUCUGACAGUAACGUUGCCCUGCUGCUGACCUUCUCAGAUGGACUGUUUCUCUCCCAGGUUUGUGAUGCCCAUAUCCUGUGACCUCUGCGUUAGUGUGAAAACAUGUCAGUGGUUCCUCUGCAGCGGAGCGGAGGAGAGGAGAGGAGGAGCACUGGGUCAUGUAGUCUAUCCCCAGGGAACUGCCAUAAAGGGAGCGGUGUCAGGACAUGUGAUGUCACAGUUAGCCAGGGACAGAGUGUGUGUGGGGGGAUGAGUGUCAGUGUGCCUGUGUGUUCGUGCAAGGUUAUACAGGAAGCAGAGAUAAGAAUGUGAUGUAUUGUUCUAGAUGCCUUACUGUUGCCGUGGUGAGGAGUCAGGAGGUUCCAGUUGAUCAACUAACCAGGCGCAUUAGAUCAACUCCACUGGCCUCACAAACCCAUUGUAACAGUAACACAAAGGUCUCUGUCUGUGUAGUGAAAUGAUUGAGAUAUAAUAGGAAUCAACUGCCACAUCUACUGGACAAGGGAGAUUUUCAGAGUGAUAAGGAAUGCAACAGGCUUUCCUAUAUGAAAUUAGUACUAUUUUGUUAUUGGUCUCUUGUUACGUGUCCAUAUGACUAUAUACAGUACAUAUAUCAUAGUUUUAAGAAUAUGUAGGAAUAUGAUUACACAAAUGCAGUGACAAGGAUUGUGCUGUUUAUUUUUGUGUUGGGUAACUGUCCGUCCAUGGAGCUGAGUUAUGGCUCAAAGCGGAGGCCAUCUUUUAUACACAGGGUGGGACUACAACAGAUGGAUUUCUGGGUAGGGUAGGCUGGGUACUCUACACCCGGAACCUCUGGUCCAAAAUCAAAAGACAACACACACACACAUACAACACGCAUAGUUACACACAUACAUGUCCAGUCAGGUUAGGUAGUUUAAACUACUGUGUACAGUGAAGUGGCGCUAGAGAUCAUAAAAUAUCAUAAGGGAUUUACCGUUUACAUGUUCAAAGUCGAUCCACGUAACCGUAGGAGCUAGGAGCAGGCUGACGUUGACCUAUUCAUUUUUGUAGGCAUGUUUUUCUAAUUCUGAAUACACAUCCCAGUACUCUGGCUCCUCUGACUGUGUGACUCUGAACUGUGUCUGAAACUCUGCAUGUGUGGAUGACUAACGCUAUGGAACACUGAUGAACCAUCUCUGUGGUGAGCAGCUCCAUGGGACACACAUACUCCCCACGAGGCUGACUGGUCACUGAAGGCUAGAGAUGCUGGUCUAAGUGGCCAGCCACCUAUCGAGGUAUAUUGGUGAGUGUUCUGCAUGGCUGUAAGUGUACAAGGGCAGGGUCUGGGAAAUGUGCAUGAGAUGUUCUGGGCUCUAUACUGUAGGAGGGGCUGUGAUGCUGUUCGUAGCAGGUCAGUAUGUUCAUUGGUCAGACCCAGCCAGACAGUAUUAGACAUUAGGAAUGACUAGACAGGUAGACAGUCUAAGGCAGAGAAGUGUUGGUAAGAGUUGAGUGACAACUGGUAAAACUAUUGCUGGGUGUAUGGAUGGAAGGGCUCAGUUUGGGAGGUUCAUCAUCAGUAGGAACUUUGAGGACUGAGUACUGAUCGUGUGCCAUUGGGGUGAUGAUAAUGUGUACAUCUUCAUUUAGAGUACUUCUCUUAGAUUUUACUAUGAUGGGGUUUUCUCCAUUCAUUUAUUCUGUACUUCUGAAUCCUUUCUAAAGAGAGGUUGAUGUAAAACCUUGAUUCAGUUUUGUUCUUUUUUAUUUGAGGACUGAUGUGUGAUUCUUUUCUCACGUCAUUGCUUUGACAGCUGUCUGUCUAUCUGGGACAAAGGGGGUGGUGGUUUUCUGUGAGCGUUUGCGUCAUCGCAGGUCAGCGCGACCCUGUAUCAGCACAUAUUAAUAAAAAACUAUUUAAAAUCGAA